AUGCGGGUGUUCGACAAGAUGUUCGAUGCUCUCAACUGCCCAGCCGAACGGCGUGUAGAUAUAGUCGUUUUCUAUCUGCAGCAGCGAGCUGAUAUUUGGUGGGCUGCAGCUGGACCGAACUUGCGUCAAUCACCAGCCUUCGGUUGGGAAGCCUUUAAGGAGGCUCUGAGGGAGAAGUUUUACCCUGAGCACGUCAGGACAGCCAAGUAUGAUGAGUUCCUUCACCUGCGUCAGGGAAAUAGGAUAGUUCAGGAGUACUACACAGAGUUCAUCGACCUAGCAAGGUUUGCACCUACCCUGGCUCUUGAUGAGCUUGGCAAGGCAAACAAGUUCAUCAGAGGACUAAACUUUGAUACUCAGAAGGGGCUUAGUAUGUUCAGAUGUCAAACUCUGGACGAGGCUUAUAGCAGGGCUGCCAGCCAUUGCCAGGUUCAGCAGCGGCAGUGGGAAGUCAAUCGAAGGGGCAAGAAAAGAAGCGGGGAAGAUCAUUCGCAGGGUGAAAAAAGGCCCAAAUAUUCUAAUCCAAAUCAGAACCAGAACUAUCAAGGAAAGGGUGGGCCAAGGAAUUAUAAUGGCCACCAGAAUCAGAGGAAUCUCAAGGUGGAAAGGCAUUACAACUGUAAGAGAUGCAACAAGGAUCAUCUGGGUGUUGACUGUUAA